UUACUUUUACUUUCCAACUUGUUGCAGGUGUUUCAUGAGGUGGUUUCCCAGUGACUUCCUUCGUGAUGAACUGUUUGCAGUCUUUGCAGUGUUGUGGGAUCUAAAGACCGACAACAUGUCCAUCGUUUGGAGCUGCUUCUUCGCUAAGUUACUUGUGAUUGUACCUCUGCUGUGCUCAUUUAGUGAUGUCGGCAGCAGCGACCCAUAUUACCCUGCGUUCUGCAAUACGAGCAUCGUCUCUCUGCAAACGGAUUGCUCUUUCAUGUUACGUCCACCUGGGUCAUGCACCUUACAUCAUACAAACAGUUGCCUGACUUAUGACUACUCUGCUUGGAACCUGAAUGAAGAGCAAGUAGUCACUUCAUUCGAAGACCUGGACUACAAGAUUUAUCUCUCAACGUAUGUCUAUUCCAGAGAACUUACGCUAAAUGUUUCCUUCGAGACCACAUCGGAAGAUGUGCGUGGCUUUGACUUUUCGUUGCUCGACUACAAGUUUACCGGCACUGGGAAAAAGUACCAUACUUGCCGCAUGUUUGACUUGAGGAAUUACUCGAAUCCCUCGGCUAGUGUCUUCUAUGACUGUUACUACAAAAUCAGAGGAGAUUAUGUCAACAACAAUUUCUUCGUCACAUCGCGGGGAUUACCUACAAAUCGUGUGGGAAAGUAUUUUGUCACACUGUCUACAUCACCUCUGCAACAUGAACGAGAGAAUGUAUGCAAUUGGGAGAGCACAAUCAUGAUCCUGGAGCCAGCAUUACAGAAGAAGUUUGUGACAGCUCAGUUUGGUCUCGCUGAUGUCAAGUUCAAUGUUACGAGAUACAACGUCAGCCUUGUGAGUUGGGACUGGGAUUCUACAAAUGGCGGUGUUGUGGUUCAAGAGCAGAUCAUAGAAGCCGAGCCUGGCAACAGGUCAAUGACCACUGUGUCCUUCACAAUGGUGGCCUCCGGCACGUACUACCUGCGCAUACGCCCCGAGCACCCUUCUUGGAAUGAGAGUUGCAAUUUCUCCAGGACAGACAUUUUUACAAUCCCAGGAGAUACUGGAUCAAAGCUUGCCAUUACCAUUUCUCUGGUGUUUGCGCUGGUCCUAAUUGGUGCCGCUCUAGCAGCGUCUAUCAUUUAUGUCUGCAUUAAAAAGAGAGCCACACAAGCACGAAAGUAUGCCACAGUAUUUCUACUCUACUCGUACGACUCAGCGACGCACUUCCAAGCGGUGCAGGCCCUGUACCAGUUCCUGUCAAAAGUUCCUGGCCUGCGCGUGGUGUUCGAUGUGACUGAAGCCAACGAAAUGGGAGCCCCACAUCAGUGGCUGCCUACCUGGCUGCAUCGUGCUGACCACAUCCUCCUCGUCGUAUCACAGGGUGUCUAUGAAAAAGUGGAAAAGCACAUGAGGCCUGCGCGUGAACAUCACCCGUGGGGAGAUCUUGUCACACCUGCCAUCUAUGACAUCGUGCGACUGCCCGACCUCCAGAAAAAACUGGUCAAGGUACUGAUGACCGGAAUCCCCGAGACCUACGUGCCGACGUCACUAUUCACCCGAGGGGUGGUCUUCAAGCUUCCAAAGCACAUAAGUCGAAUGCUGCACCACCUAUUUGGUGAGCACCAGUGCCACUCAACGCUGCAAUGCAUGGCUCGGCACCCGCUGUGGCCCGAUCCCGACAGUGAACGGACUUUCCGUAGUAAGUUGUUGGAGCUCGAGCUCUUGAGGGGUGUCUGAGUGCCGAGUUUGCCUUUAGUGUACUCGGCGGGCAAGUGCACACAUUACAAUGUGAUUGCAAGGUGGCCAAGCCUGUUGAAGAACUUGCCACAAUGGUCUGUGUAGGCAUGAUCAAGCUCACAGAGCGAUUCCGUCGUCUUUCCAAGACUGCACAUUCAGUCUCCCAAAUGUAGUCCAAACAUUUCGACUACUGAUGCAGUCCAGUUCUGGGGCAUCUAGAUGUGGUGAAACAUAAAAAAGCCCUUCUGUUUUUUUGUUUUUCUUUUGUAAUGUCAUUAUACAACCAAGCAUGUUCUGACUGCAGAUGUGGUCUGAGUUUGUGUGAAUCUUGGUAAACUGAUACAACGAAACUUUGAUCUUUAUAUUCUUUUCUAUUGACAGACUUGCCACUAUGAACUUGAGUAUUAAAAAAAGACAUGCUUUAUCAGUGUGAACUAAUUUAGUGUUACUCUGUAUCUUCCGUUUUAAAAUUAUGCGUUAUGCUCAUCUAGUCAAAGCAGCUUGAUGCAUUUGUUCCUUUCUUGAACUUUGGCCUAAACACUGAACUAUGGCACUGCAAUCACAUUGAUUCUGUAUCAACACCUUUGGACACCUUUCUUGCUUAGUUGACUGUUUUGUAAUUUCUAGUAUGAAGGGAGUCCUUCUGCAUUAGACAUGUUAAGGUGAUGUUCAUGACUUGUACCUUCUCUAUUGCUCGUGGAACAUUCCACUGUAGCAAUGCAUGAUGCUUCGAGGCAUUGAAGAAACCAGUCAGGCCUGCAUCUUGACUUGGACUGUAUUUCAACGAUUUGUACGCAUUUUGUUCUGUGCAUGAUGUGUAAAGUCCAGUUGCAAAUUUCAUUUCAAUAUGCAAGCUUCUUAGGCAUUGAAAUCAUUGAAACCUCUCCUGUUAUCCUGUAUAGUGGUUUAUAUUACCUUGUGAGUGCCUAUUUUUAAAUGUUAUUUUUACUCUCUCUGUGCCAUAAAGUUGCCGACCUGGCAAGACGCAGUGCGUGAAAAGUUUUUUAAUUACUUACUACAACAACUUACUUACUGCAACAUGAUUUGAAUCGCAAGAUUAGUUGAUAGCCUAAAUAAAAGCUGAGGACUCGCUUGCAUGAACUGAAGUUGUAAUUGAUUGAAAAUUCAUCAUAUUAAGUUAUCAGAUCUCAUUUGACAAUGUACAGCCAUCCCUAUAAGUUUCUGGAGCAUGGAGAUCAUGACAAAGUUAAAUUUCAUCUUGAUUUCUCCGUCCAUCUGGGAGUACAGGUAAAAGAUGCGGUAGCCGUGCAAAAAGAGCUGCUGAUCUUUUUGAUUCCAGGUCCAAUACAUUGACUCUAAAUAAAUACAAUUUUUCUCAGAUUUUUUGCUGUAAAAGCUAUUUUGGUUGGGCUUAUGUACUAUACUUGCAAGUACAGCACUGUUUAGUACACAAAUAUGCUUAGUGUUUUUUAUUUCGUUUCCUUCUUCUUUGACAUUGUAUACCUUAUGUAUUGUAUCUUGCAUUGUAUCUUGCUUUCCUGUUGCAAAUCAAUUCAUAUUGUAGGUUUCCUGGUUACAAGAGAUCUGCUGGUAAACAACUUGCCGCUGAUAGGGACUGAACCUACAACAUUAGAAUAAUGCGUCCGAUGCUCUACUAAUUGAGUUACAGCGGCGGUCGUCCUCCCGACCACUUUAUUGGGUAUUUCUGCGCGUUUAAACCUGGGAGUGUUAGCCAACAACGCUCAUAGCCAUGACGGCAAGUGUGCCUUCAGCUGGCAUACUGUAGCGCGUGAUCUUUUUACGAGUUGCCUGUUCUAUCCACUAUUAAUUGGAAGUGUGCUUUCAUGUGUGGCGACGUCAGAACUACAUCAGCAUCACGAAGUUCCGCCUUCGUAUGAAAUGUGUGCUGGAACACACUAGUGGUCAGGCAAAAAUAGUCGCGAACAUGUCAGCCUUGUUUACACAACACCUGGUGCAUGUUUUAAGGUUUUCUCCUUUGCCCAACACCAAAAAAACUCUGUUAUCACUAAAAGCGCUUUGCAAAUGUACCCCGAUUUGCUGCUUAUGCAUUGAGUUAGUUGCAUGCAUUCUAUACACUGCAGUGCUUCAGGCGACUCAAAAAGCCCAAUCAACGACUGUACACAGAACACCUUACUAUUUACACUUAUUAACUCACACCUUUGCUCAUUUGAAAGCUCCCUGAUGCACCUUUAAUGGUUGCCUAAGACAUCGUUCAAGCCCUCAUACGAGAAUGAUAGGGCUUUAGUAGCAGGAUUACAUAUUUUUAUUGGAUCCCGCUUAUGUUUGAAAUAAGAUUGCUAUAGUUGCCAUACUUUUCAACUUGUGUUUCAUCUUGCCUUUUACUGUGCUGUUGUUUUUUAAGCCAAUGUACUGUAUUUACUUCCAUCUGUAAUGCCCUAUGGGCCCCCGGGAUGCAGUAUUUAAAUGAAAUAAUAAGCAUAGACAUCUUUUGUAGUGGUGCCAAAGUGCUAAAAAACAAGAAAAGUGGAAAUGCUAUCAGUGUUCAAAGACCAUUGUUAUCGUGUUCCAAUUCUCUGCCUAUUUUGUUUUUAUCACUGUUACGCCUACAUCGUUAUUAUUGUUUAUGCUGUAAAUAAUUAGCUUGUGUUUUAGUGUCUCAUGAACAUUGUCCGGUUGUACAUGUGAACAGUACAGUAUUUUUUAUAAUUAUGUACUGCCCAUUAUGUUUCCAAUAAAGUUGGCUGAUUAAUAGCCACAACGAAUAAAUAAUUUUUCACAAUGAACAUUGCAAAGCAUCACAGCUUAUGUGGUGCAGUUUUGUUGCAGAACGAUUAUCAAUCUCAUUGUUGCAUGCACGUUUGCCAUGCAGAUUGCUUUCCAGUCAAUGUCAG